AUCCCCGUGUUUUGCAUCAGUACUUUUGACACUGCAACCUGACGGCGGUUGGUUUUUGCCUCCAUCCGUUAAGCCAGCGCCGUUCGCUUCAUUCCCGAAUUGGCCCGCGUCUGCGCAUACCGCGUCCGCUUCUCGCCCGCUCCCGUCCGCUGUCGAGAUGGCUUUGCUCUUCCGAGGCUCCCGCGCCAGCCGCGCGGCGCUCAAGAGCGCGUCACGUCUGGCCAGCAGAUUCGGCCACGAGCGAUCCGCUGCUCGCUGCAUGAGCACACAGGCGGCCCGUGCCACGCUUCUGUCCAGCGACCUGGCCACGGCCUCCACGAACGCCAAGCCUCCGCCUGAGCUGCAACGUCUGCAGCUCAACGCGGCCAUACUGACGCAGCUGCAGACCCAGAUCCAGAGCCUUGGAAACGCCCCAGGCAGCCAACGCGACGCGUUCUACGUCGUGGACACGGCCGCCAUCGAGGAUCGCUUCAAGCUCUGGCACCAGUAUCUGCCCGAGGUGCGGCCAUACUACGCCGUGAAAUGCAACCCGGAUCCAGCCCUCAUUGAAGGCUUGGCCCGCCUCGGAGCAGGCUUUGACUGCGCCAGCCAGACGGAGAUCAGCUCUGUGCUUGGCAACGGCGUCCCUGCCAGCGACAUUAUCUAUGCCAAUCCGUGCAAGCAAGGCUCCCAGAUCGCCUAUGCACACGCUAACGGUGUCGACAUGAUGACCUUCGACUCGCAGGAUGAACUCACGAAGAUCCACAGCAUCAACCCCAGCGCGAAGCUCGUACUGCGACUCUACGUGGACGACUCGAACUCCAUCUGCCGUCUCGGCACCAAGUUCGGGGCCAUGGUGCACGAUGUCCCGGACAUCUUGAACCACGCCAAGGCUCUGAAUCUCGACGUGGUCGGCGUCAGCUUCCACGUCGGCAGCGGCUGCUUCAACGUCGAGGCCUAUUCGAACGCCGUGGUUCGUGCCCGCAAGGUUUUCGACAUUGGUCACUCACUCGGCUUCAACUUCAACCUGCUGGACAUUGGCGGUGGCUUCCCCGGUACGGAGAACGCCCCGAUCCGGUUCGAAGACUGCGCUCUUGAGCUCAAGAAGUCGCUCGCCGUCCACUUCCCUCAGAGCAGCGGAGUCAAGGUCAUCUCGGAGCCUGGCCGCUUCUUCGCCGCGUCCACCCACACACUGGCCGUCAACGUGAUCGGUCGUAAGGUGGCGCCCACUUUUGACGUCCCCGGCCAGCCGCCUGUGCUCGCCAGUGCUGCGGGACAAACACCCAACUAUAUGUAUUUUGUGAACGAUGGGCUGUACGCCUCGUUCAACUGCAUGGUUUACGACCACCCGACGAUUCAGCCUGUGAUCAUGUCGGAUGCCGCCUCGCCGGGCGCCACCCAGAUGUACAAGGCUAGUCUUUGGGGCCCGACGUGCGACGGCAUGGACUGCAUCAUGAAGGAGGUGGAACUGCCGUUGAUGGACAUCGGACAGUGGAUUCUGUUCCCGAGUAUGGGCGCCUACACGUGCGCUGCCGGCUCGGACUUCAACGGUUUCCAGCGCCCACAGAAGAUUUACUUUGACUCGAACUUCGUGGCGGACGACCAGCAGCAGUUUGUGCACUAGACCAACCCGAACGCUCGACUGAAGAGUGAAAAGCAAAGAGAGCGAGGACAACACUUACCAUUGCACCCGACGAGUCGGCGUCGAGGUCCUGGACCUACAGGAUUUAAACUACUCAAGACUUGGGAGCAGCAGGGUCUACCAGUUCUUUCAACAGAGGAAGAAGAGCUCAGCCUCGGGGGUAGAACUAGAGAGAGACGGCGCCCUGCUACUAUCAGUCUGUUUUCUCUUUAAACAAGUCCCCAAAUACAAUAUCACUUACCGACUACCACUGUAGUGCUUUAACACUGUAAAUACUUCAAAAAAGCAGCCUAACAAUAAACAGUUUUGCAU